AUGACUUCCACGCAACAAGACCAUAUCGUCCUUCUAGUCGAUACUCCCUUCUUUGACAACCUUCCCGCCUGGGUUACCGACAACUUCACCGUCACCCCUGGGGGCUACCACGAUGGCCAACCAUCUCGCAACAAAUUGGUCAUCUUCGCCGAUGGCACCUACCUUGAGUUCUUCAACUGGUACGAUAAGCCACCGGCUCUGGAUAAUGAGAAGUUGCCGAUGAGAUUCUGGGGCCCUAAAUCCCCGGGGCUGAUCGACUUCGCCAUCACCGAUACAACCCACUCCGCAGAACAAUCGGUGGGGACGGUCAACGGACGAUUGUCCGAGGGGCCCGAGAAAGACGCCGGCCUUGGCGUCAAAUUCGGCAAACCGAUUGCGGGCUCACGCAAGAAGGCUGACGGUGUGGAGAUCAGCUGGAAGGUCACGCGGCCGGAGUUCUCCCAAGGCGACAAGACGCCCGGCCAAGAGCUCUUCGCCGACGGCAGAAUCGACGUCCCGUUCUUCUGCCACGACGUCACCCCGCGAGCAGGAAGGGUUCCAAGUGAGGACGAGAAGAAGACAACACACCCUUGUGGUGCCACUGGCAUUGCGGCCUGCGAGAUCCUCGUGCCCAAGCACCUGCUGACCGAGUACGCUCAUGUCUACUCCAAGAUUCUCGGCACCAAGUCCGAGCCUGCCGCCGGACAGAGCUCGUACACCUUCGACAUCGGCGUGCCGCAGGGGUCUUCCCGAUCCGCGGUGGUAGUUCGCGCUGCUGAGACUGAGAAAGACGUCAAGCGCAUGCAGGAGAGGGGAGUUGGCUUCUCCGAUCUUAUUCUUGCCGUCAAGGGCGAUGCCCCUGGUGGUGAUGCGAAGCGCCCGUUGGGCUCCACGGGCAUCGAGUCUACGAUCUGGUUGGAAAAGUCGAAGUCUUAA